AACCUCUGGUUGCUAAGAGAGCUCGUGGAAUCUCGUUUACUCUCGCGAAUUGUGGGAAAGUUUUGGGGUUUAAUAAAGUUCAAUGGCAUUGACAUACACUUGGUCCAGCCUUUCAAUUUAAUGGACAGCCCCGACCCCCAGGGUACUCCUGGGGUUAAUCAUGAUGGAAUAGCAGGACCAAUUUUAACCAGAGCUGAAACUGAAGCAGACUUGGAUGGUUGGUCAUCGUCUACAACAGAAUUGGCUGAAGGGCAGAAGGAUGUUUCAACAGCUUCUCGUUUGUUAUUUCUCACGGUGGAGUAUGUGGAAGAACAUGCAGCAGAUUAUGGACGGUCAGCUUUUGCAGGAUUUGAACCUGGAACUCCGUUUUCACUCCAGCCUCCGGCAUCUUUAUCAGAGUUUGAACACCGUGUUAGCCCUUUGGAUCCUAACAUGGGUUCUACUGCUCAUUAUUCUCCUGUGUACACCAUAAGUGGACACUCAGAUUCUCUCAGUGUUUCACGAGAGAUAUCAUCGAGCAAUAAUACAGUAUCUUCUAACCCUAGCUCUCCUUUUCCAGGUCAAGUUGUUGUCUUGACCAAUCCAUCUAGUCCUUUGAUGAACCCUCCAUCAAAUACACUUCCUGCUUCUCCUUCUUUCACUGAAAAUUCACAUGGCCAUUCUCCUUUAUCCAGUACUGUAGUUGCAUCACCUGAAAUAGCACAGGGUUUUGUUAAUCACAUGUUAUCAAAUCCAGUCUCAUCUCCUAUAACUUGCACCUCAUCUUCUACAGAUGGAGGAGAUGGGCUUUUAAGACAGGUUGUGGCUGAUGAUGGAUAUUUUAAUCAACAAGCUUCUUCCACCACUGGAAGUGUUCUUCCUGGUGGACUUGGAGGAUCUCCUUUAAAUCCUAAUUCACCUCAUUCACCACUCCAAGCGCCUCUUACACCAGCUGACAAUUAUGUAGUAUCAUCUUCUACUGAAGCACUGGAUACAAUGGGGCCCAGGCCCUCUGAUUUUCAUAGUGAUGCAUCUGUUAGUGUAGCAAACUCUCCAGGAGUUGUUGAUUCUACUAGUGAAAUAAUGAUUCAUUCAAGUAUGCAGCAAGCUAAUGAGAUUGUUAGUGCUGCAGGAACUUCACCUUUCAAUAGCCUUGAAACUGCUGGAGUGAUGUCUACAACACAUGAUGUGCAAUUGAAACAUGAUCCUUUGGAUCGGGUCCAAUUACUAAUAAGUUCAAGCGAUGGGAGCAUUGCUUACAGCUUGGAUGGACAAACAAGUUUCAUGCAGACUCGUCUAGUGGACAUGGAAAAUGAUCUUGCGCACCGUGCUACAGACGAAGAGAAUCUUAAUUCUGUGAUUAAUUCAUUUAAAACUCAAGGACUAGUUAUUGGAGCUGGUGAAAAUGGAGAUCUCCAGCUCCGUCCUUCACAGGCUGGAGAUGCAAGUGCAGAGGAAAAACUUGCUGGAAGUUUGGGCUUACAAGAAUUCACUCUUGCUGUGGGGCAACAGCAAAAUGAACUUCUUCAACAGUCAUUGUUGGCAGCUCCAUUGAAUGGAGAUCUUUCUGACAGUGUGGCACAUCUCAGUGAGUCAUUAUUAAAUGAAGCAGUAAAAAUUUCAAUUGUGGAUCCUAAUUUGGAAGCUGUUGAAACCUAUUCUGACAUAUUAAUGGAAUCUGUCAGUAAUACGAUUGGAAAUGCGAUCUCAGAAAACAGCCUUAUUCAACAGUCCCCUGAGAUAUGUUCAGACUUUACUCUACCAAAUUCUAGGUCAUCCAAAGUUAUUGAAAGUAGCCUUGUAAACAGUAAAGUUACAGAUUUAAAAACUUUGAGAAAUGUUGCAAACAGCAACACCUUUAAUGAUGGAUGCUGUUCGUAUUUUAAUGCUGAAGAUCACAAGUCUAUGCUGGAUUGUGCUUUUUCAUCAUUACCUACUUGUUACCUUACCAUCAGUAAACUUCCACUUAACAAAGCAAAGGAAUCUGAAUAUGGUGUAUUUGCUCGCAAAACCAUUCCAAAGAGAACCCAGUUUGGACCUGUUGAGGGCAUACUAAUGAAUUCUGAAGAAUUCUUGAAGAAAGACCAACAAGAGUUGGAAAGAAAUCUUAUAUUUCUUAUUGAAACUGAAUCUGGCCAAGUGCAGACGUUGCAGGUUUCUGGUGACCACACAUCGAACUGGAUGACAUAUGUUCGUGCAGCCUCUUGUUUCAAGGAACAGAAUUUAAUUUUAAAUCAACAGGGUCAGUCUUUAUUUUAUACUACAACAAAAGUUAUCCAUCCAAAGCAAGAGUUACGUGUUUGGUAUAGUUUGCCUUAUGCAAGAAAGCAUGGUUUGCCAUCUCUUCUGCCUAUGAAAUUUGAUACACAAGGUUGUGGUGAAUCUUUAAAGACAUGGUCAUGUUUUCAAUGCAAUAAAAAUUUUGCAAAUCCUGUAUAUUUGCAGUGCCAUCUCAAUGUUCAUGAGUUGGAUAAGAUCAAGGAGGUUAGUGAUGGGAAAUCUGCUGAGAAAGAGAAUCAUAAUCUUAAUCAGAAGAAUGUACCAACAUUUUAUUCCAAGAAAUUGAAAAACAUGCGUACAAAAUGUGAGGGUUGUAAAUGUGAAUGCAAAACUUGCAGUAAUGAUCUUCAACAGAAGUGCAGUUUGAAGAAAGGCCAUGCUUCACAUAGUAGAAGCAGGAAAUAUUUGUGUGAAGUAUGUGGUUAUCAGUUCUCUCAACCACUUGUCAGAAGU